GGGGAUAUUCGAUUUCCCUUACUCUUUCUUUUUCCCACAAUUUUUUUCUUUUUUUCACACUUUGACUAAAAAUCCCAAAAUUGUUGAGAGCCAAAACACCCAAAAUUGUUCCGAAUCCGAGACCGUUCUUCCAUUCCAUUGUCGAGCCAUCUAAAGUUCAAAGUGUAAAGAGAAGAGAUGGCUGGGCAAUCAAACCAUGAACUCUCACUCUUUUCGGCAGAGGAGCUUGAGUUCAUCGCUGAGGACGAGAUUGUCGACAUCGUGCCUAAUCUCAAAAUGGAUCCUCUUUGUCUCAUCUCUGGAGAUUUUGGUCCAUUUACGCCACAGAUUGUUACUCAAGUACCACUUUGGUUGGCAAUUGCUCUCAGGAGGAGAGGCAAGUGCUCCAUUGUCCCUCCCCAGUGGAUGACUGUUGAUAAGUUGACGGAAGUGUUGGAGGCAGAGAGAAACUCCCAAGAGAUGUCGGAGCAUUUGCCAUUUCAUUAUGUAGAAAUUUCAAGACUUCUUUUUGACCAUGCACGUGACAACAUUCCUGAUGCAUACAUGGUGAGAUCUCUAAUUGAGGACAUCAGAGAUGUAAGGUUUCAUAAAGUUGAAACUGACUUGGAGGCAUUCGAUGGUCGAACAUUUGCUGUGAAGAUUAAAAAUUUAUCCGCAAUGGAAGUGAAUAUUGUUCGCCCAUUUAUUGGGAGAGCUUUACAAGCAUUUUACAAGCAUGAUAGUUCAGAUUUGAUCCCAGACCCAGAGCGAGUUUCAGAUAGACGGCCACAAGUUGCCCACAAUGCCCCAAGAAGGCAACUACGAAGAUAGUUAUGUAUAACUUGUUCGGCAGCAAGACUUCUAGAUUGCUAAAUCUGACUGGCUUCAAAGGUACAUCAUUUCCUGAGAAGCACUUGGGAGAUAUUUUUGCUGCUGCUUUCAUUGUAAAAUAGGUAGCUUGUGACUUUAGUUGAAUCUUCAGAGACCAAUGUUCUCCAAAUUUUCAUCACUGUUGGUUAAGUAUCAGAAAAAAGAAAACGCACUUUAUAGGGAUUUAACAUAGUUAAGCCCUUUUUAAUUUUAUUUGGUUAAUUUUAUUUGCAAUUUGAAGUAUGAGAUUCAAACAUUGUGUGUAAUGUAAACUUAUAUGAAUCAGAGAAUUCACUACUGUUUGUUUACUGAGUUGAAGUGCAAGAAGUUUCCACUUCCAAUUUAUAAACUAGAA